GAUGAUUUGGAUUUUAGAUCCAUUCCUCCCACUCUCCCAUAAUACUCCCAAACGCAAUUCCAUACAAGAACAUCCUUCUAGAACUCUCUUUGCCUUCUAAUUCUCCCCCUCUCCACCUGCAGUUUCAAUUUCAGUUUCAAAUACCCAAAUCAAUCUUCAUUUUCUCAAUUUCAAUCAAAAAAAUUAGAUAAAAAAUGGCUAUUUCUCUCUCAAACACAAGCACUUCAUUUUUGUGCGCCCCAUUUUCAGUUUCAGGUGUCAAACGACCUUCAAAAUCCCACAAACCCCUAACCUUACCUGUUCAAUCUUCUCCCAGAAAUAAGAAUCUAAAUCUCGCAACAAAUUCUCUCUCAUCUUCUCUUCUUCUCCAAAACCGCCAUUGUUAUGAUGAUUUCAGGUGCUGUUUCUCCUUUCAGGAAGAACAAGACUCUACUACCACUAUGGAUGAGGAAAUGCUAGAGGAGGAAGUCGGGGAAACAGAAGAAGAGACAAGUACCAAGAAUAUGUGGGAAAGUGUGGAAACUCUCACUAAAUAUUAUAAGGAGGCUGUUUUAGCUGGGGAUUAUCAGACCAUUACGGAAAUAGAGACCGCCUUUUACCGACUAGAAACAGAAAAGAACGAGUUGGUUGAGAAAUUAUCAACUUUGACAGAAGAGAUAACUUCUGGAAAGGAUAGAUUUAUCCGCCUGCAAGCUGACUUUGAUAACUUUAGAAGGAGAUCAGAUAAAGAGAGACUAUCAGUUCGAAGCGAUGCACAGGGAGAAGUAAUUGAGAGUCUUCUUCCAAUGGUGGACAAUUUUGAGAGGGCGAAGCAACAGUUAAAACCAGAAACGGAUAAGGAAAAACAAAUUGAUACAAGUUAUCAGGGCAUAUACAAGCAGUUUGUAGAGAUCAUGAGGAGUUUGCGCGUAGCUGUUGUAGCUACCGUAGGGAAGCCUUUUGAUCCAUCGCUGCACGAGGCCAUUGCUAGAGAGGAGUCUGAAGAGUUCAAAGAAGGAAUUGUAACUCAAGAAUUCAGACGUGGGUUUCUUCUUGGUGAUCGACUUCUGAGACCAGCAAUGGUGAAAGUUUCUUCAGGUCCUGGUAAGAAGAAGAAAGAUGAUGCAGCGGCUACUCAGAUAUCACCAGAGCAACCGGCUGCAGCUGCUGCUGUGGAUGGACAUUGAUGCACAAUGCUGCAUUUUUGUUGAAUGUGAAAAACUUUUGCUUCUUUUAGGUACCAUCUCUUAAUAUUUAUAAAACCCUAAUGAUUUAUUGGUCGAUAUUGUACAUUAGGCUUUCUUGGCAUCCAUCCUUACUAGACCUGUCAAACGGGUCGGUCGGGUCGGGUUGUAAAAAUUAUUUUCGGGGUUCGAAUUAAUCCAGGUCGGUCACUUUUGGAUUUGGGUUUACAAA